GAAGAAAUGAACGCUUGCGUAAAGAUUCACGAACUCAGAUUACUCGUGUGUGAACCAGAUUUUCAGUGCGUACCUUUAUUUCGCCGUAACCGGUUUCCUGAUUAUUUUUGAGUAUAAAACCAAAAGUUUUUUUGGGAUCCAACAUCAUACUUGUACCAGCUUUUGAAGGAACAGCAGCAAGAUGUUCGCUAAGAUAAUCGCAGCAAUGAUUCUGCUGGCGGCAGGAUACUGCCAAGACCACCACCAUCACUCCAUCUCCUUAAAAACAGUCAUCAAGCAUGAAACACCAAAGAAAGUAGAACAUCAUACUGAAUAUAAGGCUCCAGUACAAACCCAUGUAGUUCAAGCAGUUCAUGCUGUUCCCCAAUACCAUGGACAUGUGCAAGCUCAAGGCCAGAUCCAGCAACAAGCUCCUAAGCAUUACUUCGUCCCUGCCAAAGAACCUGCUCCAGUUCAUGAGGUCAUUGCGGUUGAAGCUCCAGUCCACUACGUUCCCAUUGUUCCUGUACAUCAUGUAGUCCAACAGGCUCCUCAUGUUGAAGUUUCUCAUAAGAAGGAAACACAGCACAAGGCUCAUCCCAAAUACGAGUAUGAAUACAAAGUAGAAGACCCUCACACCGGUGACAAGAAGUACCAACACGAGUACCGUGAUGGUGAUGUCGUGAAGGGCGUGUACAGUCUGCAUGAAGCUGAUGGCUCCAUCAGAACUGUCAAGUAUACUUCUGACAAGAAGACUGGAUUCAACGCUGAAGUUCUACACAAAGGCCACUUCAAACACGACCACCACUAUCAUCAUUAAUUAGUUACCGAUUUUAAAUAAUAAUAUUUAAUCAUUAAGCCAUAUAAGUUUGU